GAGGUCAUAGGAGAUUUCCAGGAAAUAAUUGGUCCUAGAUGGGUUUUUCCCAUAUCCCAAAAUGCACUAUUUUGUUUACAGUCUCUAAGGAAGCGUCCAUUUACAAGAUAACGCGUAAGUCCCGACUACGAUGUAAAUUUUGUUUCUGUGCAAAAUGGAUAGAAAACCUGGACAUUUAACUAAGGAUGUUACUAAUGCAGUCUCAUCAUUAAUAUGGGUAAAAAUGGUUGGUGUUGGAAAUGCUGGUGUCGGUAAAACAUCUCUAGUCAAACAUUUCUGUGAGAGCAAGUUUGUAUCAGGAUAUCAACCUACAGUUGGUGUUGAUUAUGGUUUUAAAAUACAGAAUGUAAAUGGUGCUGAAGUACGAGUUCAUCUAUGGGAUUUAUCAGGUAGUACAGAUUAUGUAGAUGUUCGUAAUGAACUAUAUGGGUUGACAGAUGCCAUUUUUCUGAUGUUCGAUGUACAUAAUCAGUCAUCUUUUGACAGUUUAGAAACAUGGUUGAGAGAAAUUCGGUCCUUCGCAUCAGGAAAUCCGGAAAUUUAUCUGAUUGGCAAUAAGAUUGAUGUAAAACAAAACAGAGUAAUCUCUGUCACAGAGGCUAAAAAAUUUGCAAGUCAGCACAGAUUCAAAUAUUAUGAAACCUCAGCAGCAACUGGUGAAGGAAUAACUAAAAUGAUGAAUGAUUUUUUGUCAAGUGUUUUGGCACGACGUAAACCGCAAUAUCCGAUAAGUUUAAGUGGUGAAUCUGCACAAGUGAACUCUGUAAUAGAUACAAAUAUGUAUAGACAAAAAUCAGCAAAAAGGAAAUAGUUUUGUAAAUUAAUAAAUUCUGUUGAAAAUUGAACAAAGAAUAACAGAUGUUAUUUGAAUGCAGCUGUUUGAAUAUAGAUGACGAAUAUUCAUGAAUACAGACUCUCAUUAUACCAGACACAAUAAAAAGUAAUUUUUAAAUAUGUGUAUGACUUUUACACAAAAUUUAAUAAUUCUUACAAAACACUUUGAUAUGUAAUUAUGUAUAAAAAGUACUCCUGCCAAAAAACGUUACUCACACUUUACCUAGUAACACAUUUGCUUGACCACUCAUCAUCUUGCAUAGUGUUUAAUUAUGUUCUCCUGAUUUUGAUUGUUUUUGUGUGUUUUAAGUAUAUGUUUGUGAUAUGCGCUUAGAAACACUUCACGUGUAAUGAAGCGCUAUAUAAAUCGAACAAUAAUAAUAAUAAUAAUAUAUACAUGUACUACAUAAUGGUAGUGUCUUUUGAUUUUAUUGAAUAUUUCGAAAGAUAUAAUGUAUUUUUAUAACAAAUAUAUUUUUACUGGUAUUUUUGAUAUCUUCUUAAACAUGUAAUUAUGUAUUUUGAGGAAAUAUAUAUUUAAAGUGUUUGUCUUUUGAGAGAUGUUUGAUCUCUAGAAUAUCAGUACAAAAAAGAUAGGUUGCCAGGCAACUAAACAUACACCCACAGCAGCUAAAUCGUCCGAGCGGUCGACAAGAGUUGUCGUAUAUUUGUUCUUUUGUAGGUAAUUAGGGGGCAUUUAAUAGACAAUUUCAUACAGAUGACAUUAUAAUUUUUGUCGUUUGAGGGUUCACAAGGUUCUAAAAACUAAAACAAGGGCUGUAACUCGAAGUAAUCUACAGAAAUUGUUGAAAUUCGACAGACUUUUUCGUUUUACAAUUUCAAAUAAUACAUAUCAAUUUCAUACAGAUCAGAUGAUAACUUUUGUCGUUCGAACGUUCACAAGGUUCAAAAAAGUAAAACAAGGGCCAUAACUCCAGACGAAAUUAACAGAAGUUAUUGAAAUUAAAUAGGCUUCUUCAUCACACUAAUGCAAACAACAUAUAUCAAUUUCAGAACAAUCAGAUGAUAAAUGUAGUCUGUAGAGUGUUCACAAGAAAUUGUGGGCAACGGACGGACGGGGGCGACGGCAAUAUACGACCACAUUUCCAUGUAUAAUGAUUCAAUUCUGUUCAGUAUUUACAAAGAUAUAAAUUAAAAAUAUGUCUUAAUUAAGCAUCCUGCUGAUGAUAUAAAGAGAUAUGAUAAAAACAUGACAGCACCACCUACAAUCUUUGCUAAAAGAUUUUGAUGAGCCUCUUUGAAAUCUGACUGAAUUAUAACCGGAAGACUAUCAAUGUGUUGAUUUCUUAAUUAAAUGUUAAACUAGCAUUUUAGUGUAUAAUAAGUUUAGGCACUGUUCAAAAAUUGCAAUUAAGAUAAAUGUCUUAACUAACGAACAUAAAAAUGUAAGUACACAUGUAACUACAUGUAAAAUUAAUGAAACAGAAAAUAAAGUGCAAUCUAUACUAA